AUGCUCAUGGUGCCGCGUCCGCCGCUGCCGCCAAAUAUCCCUGCUGCCGCCAAACGUUCCUGUCGCCGCCAAACGUUCCUGUCACCGCCAAAAGCUCCCACCGCCAAAAAUUCCCGCCGCCGCCGCUGCCAAAUAUUCCUGCCGCCGCCAAAAAUUCCCGCCGCCGCCGCCGCCAAAAAUUCCCGCCGCCGCCGCUGCCGCCACGGCCUCCUUCCGGCGCCGCCUGACGUCACGCCGUUCACUGCCCGCCAGCACACCGCUCCUAUUGGCUGCCCGGCGCCGUACGGCGGAAGUGUCUCUGUAUUCCGUGCAGGGAUGCUGCAGGGCGCCGCCAUGGCAGCGAUGGCGCUGCCGGUGGCGGAGUGGCAGGCCCGCACCGCCCGGCUCUGGGCCGCGCUGGACCCGGCGCUGCGGGAGCGGCUGGCGGCGGCUUCGCUUCACGACGCGGUGCGGCUGGGCUGCGACCUGCUCCGGAGUGAGGAGGAGGAGGAGGCAGCCCUGGUGAGGUUGUGCCACCGGGCACGCACGGACAAGGAGCCGGAGGCCGCGAGCUGGUACCGGGAGCAGGGGAACCGGGAAUUCAAGCGGGGCCAGUACCGGGCUGCCCUGAGGCUCUACUCCAAGGCAGCAUCCCACGAGCUCCCUGGGAGCCCCGAGGUGUCCGUGUGCUUUGCCAACCGCUCAGCUGCCCUCCUCCACCUGGGGCACUUUGAGGUUUGUUUGGAAGAUAUUGCCAGGGCUGAAAGCCAUGGCUAUCCAGACAGGCUGCUGCCCAAGGUCCUGCUGCGGAAAGCUGAGUGUCUGCUGUGCCUGGAGAGGUUACAGGAGGCACAGGAUAUCCUCAGAGUGCUGGAGAGUAAAAUUGCUCUGGAUGGAAUCAUGACUACUCACCUGACACGGCUGAAAAAGUUAACUCAGAUGAAGGUUAAAUUAGGGAAGAAAGAGAGGUGUCCAGAGCCUGCACAAAAAGCACACGGUGGCAUUCAAGGGGAGCCAGAGAUCUGGGAAGAGAACAACAGAAUUUCAGGUGCAUCUUCAUCUCUGAGCCUGAGGUUUGAUGCAGAGAGAGGACGUCACUUGGUGGCCUCCCAGGACAUCGUGCCAGGACAGAGCCUGGUGAAAGAGGAGGCGUUUGUGAGUGUGCUGUGCCCUGGGGAGAGCCUUCCCCUGCAGGACAGUGACACAGCGUGGGACACUCGAGCCACCAACGCAGAUCUUUACUGCCACCGCUGCCUGAGGCAGCUGCUGGCCUCGGUGCCUUGUCAGGGCUGCAGUUAUGCCAAGUACUGCAGCCAGGGCUGUGCAGACACGGCCUGGCAGCAGUACCACAGGACAGAGUGUUCCCUGGGAGCGCUGCUCCUCACCCUGGGGGUCUUCUGCCACGUGGCCCUGAGGACUGUGCUGCUGGCAGGAUUUGCAGAGGUCAGCAGGCUGGUGGCGUGGUCCCACCGUGGGGACAAGAACCUUCAGAACCCUGAGGCAAGAUGCAAACCUCUGAGUGAUGCAGGAGCUGGUGGCAGAGGUAUCCCUGGUUGUGGCAGCAAUGGUCGGUACCAGAGUUCUUACCAAGCUCUGUUCCACCUUUUGCCCCACACUGAGCAGCACAGCCCUGAGCACAAGUUCCUCUGCACUCUCAGUGUGGUAGCUGUGUGCAAACAGCUGCAAGCAGCUGGCCUGGAGGCUGCUGUGUUGAAUCAGGAAUCACCUCAGCAGUGGUCCAAACCAAAGACAAGUGAAAAAACCUCAGAUGAAUUGUCCCCAGAGCUGAAGACUGUGGCAGAAGCAAUGCUGAGGCACGUGUUGCAGCUGCAGUGUAAUGCACAAGCAAUCACUGUAAUGCAGGAGCUGGGGCCUGGAGAUGGGGCUGUUGUAGAUAAGAAGCCUGUGAGGCUGGCAACAGCCUUCUUCCCUGUCCUCAGCCUCCUGAACCACUCGUGCUGCCCCAAUACCAGCGUGUCAUUCCAUGGGACAGCUGCCACUGUCAGGGCAUCACAGCCAAUCUCAAGUGGCCAAGAGGUUUUGCAUUGCUAUGGGCCUCACUGCUGCAGGAUGAGGGUUGCUGAGAGACAGCAGCUUCUCAGUCAGUAUUUCUUCGAGUGUCACUGCCAGGCGUGCCUCGAGGAGUUAGAGCCUGGUGCCAAGAGUGUGGUGUCCAUCAGAAAUUCAUUCUGCUGUCCCAAAUGCCAGGCCCAAAUGCAGGGGGAAGAAGACACACUUUGGUGUUCAAACGAAGCUUGUGCAGCCUCAGCCAGCAGAGAUCACCUGUCUGGCUGUUUACAGGACCUUCAGCAACAGAUCAAGAAAGCUUUAGACCUGCUGGGAGUCGGGAAGGCUGAUCAGGCUAUCAAAAUGCUCCUGAAGUGUCAGAUGGAUGCUGGAACCUUCUUGUCUCCAGAGCAUUUGCUGAUGGGAGAGAUGGAGGAUCAUCUGGCACAGGUCUAUGCUACUCUUGGGAAAUGGCAGGAAGCAGCCAGACACCUGAAGAAGAGUAUUGAGAUUGUGGAAAUGCACCAUGGGCCAUCAAGUGUGGAAACAGGCCAUGAACUUUUCAAGCUGGCACAAAUCCUCUUCAAUGGAUUUGCAGUUUCUGAAGCUCUGAGCACGAUUCAAAGAGCAGAGCGGAUUUUGUCAGUGCACUUUGGUCCUCAGAGUGCUCAGAUCCAGGAACUACAGGAGAUGAAGGCCUGCCUGUCACAGCUUCCCAGAAACAUCCUUCAGAGGACUUAAUUUCCCUGUCAAAGGAAGCUGCAAUGUGAUCUUUCAUCAAAGCUAAGUGUCAUGUGGUAAGGUAGUCAUGUAGUACAAGCUGGAAAAUCAUGUGUAACAGCAACUUGAAUGAAGUCUUGAAAUGCUCUUUAGUGAGCCUGUUGUAAAUAAAAUGACCAAUUCUAACGUGAGAGGUGUGUGUGUGGUAUGGUGGGAACAGAGGCUGUUGUAUAAGUUCUGUGUGUGGGUUGGAAGCAAAUGUUUGAGUUGCUUUUGUGUGAGAUGUGACUCUCCCCUGUGUGGUGCCCUGAGCAUUAUGAAUGUACAGUCAUCCAGAGCACGUUGCCUUCUAUUUUUAAAUACUGUGAGGCACUUUCCUUCUUGCCAGUGUGAAAUGGAAAUGGUUGGAAGGGGUGAGGCCUGAACAGCCUGGGAAGUGCAAACUUAGAGUCUAGAAAAGGCACUGCAGAACUUGGAGGGCUGGAGCACAGGUCUGUCAGUAAUGAGGGAUUCAGAUUCAACAAC